AUGGAGAGGCGGAGCCCGAGGACGCCUAGGGAAUCUGUCUAUCGGCCAUAUAUAGAUUUGUUGGCCGAUGAUUCCCCUAGUACUGUUCCGGAGACUCAGUACGCCGACAUCGAGACUUUCUCUUUUGAGGAUCUGGGGCUAUCGCCGAUCCGUGAGACUCCCGAUGAGGCGGAGCCUGCUGCAAGGGGCAGGAGCAAAGGCAAGGGCAAGGUCAGGGGCGGGGGUAGGGGCAAGGGCAAGGGCAAAGUCCCGAGCUCUUCCUCGCACACGGGGGCAGAGGAGGAGGAGGGCGAGGAUGAGACUGAGAGGAGGACGAUCUGGUCCGUGUGGGAAAAUGCCGCGCUUGCGAAGGCAUGGAUCGGUGUUGUAGAGGAUCCCUAUGUCGGGGCGAACCAGUAUGUUGACCGAAUGUGGCAUCGCAUUAGUGCCACCUACCGCAACGUCAAACCGUCUGGGGCGAAGCCUCGCACACCCGAGCAAUGCCGGAAACAGUGGCUUCGGUUGAGGCCUAAGCUCAGUCGUUUUGCCGCCCUCUACCAAAACAACAUGCGCAUGGUAACCAGCGGCAUGUCUAGGAUGAUGUGA